GAUUUACUCAGUAAUGAUUGAUGCUGCCGUUUAUACCAUAUCCCCGUUGAACCGCAGGCGACAUUGCACGGCUGCCAUGCUAUUUUAGCGGAUCUCUACGGAAGUAUUGUCCUCCUUCAAUUCCUGUCACACACACGGGCCUCUCCAGCUGUGCGACGCGGCGCUGGCUCCGGGUUGAGCGGCGUCAGGACGAUGGCACUGCGCUGGAUCGUCUCCCUCUAUUUGUCCUCGGUGGUCUAUUAAGAUUUUAACUUGCUGAAAACAAACACACUUUUGACAUUUACGACACGCCGAUGUUGGAGCGACUAUAGACGCACCGCUCUGAUUAUGGAAAGGGAGUCCAGGUUUGAAGACCUCUGAUCAUAUUGGGUCCGUGGCCAGCCAGGCAAGCUGAGGAGGGAGACCAGCAGUGAGACUGGAAGAGUGUCUCUCCUCACCCACACUGCUUAACCCACCCCACUCACCCGUCAGCGCCAUGUCGCUACCCAGCAGCAGCCCAGAGAGGGAGGGUCUUCCUCAGCUGGAGUGUCCUUCUUCGCCUUCCGGCAUGGACCCAGACCCGCCAUCGACUGGCAGCCCAGUGCUAAGCCCGGACUCAUCUUCCCAUGAUGCAACGCUGUCGGCACCAGCAGCCUCUCCUGCAGACUCGGAGAACCUGAGUCCAGAUGAACUUGAGCUGCUGGCCAAACUGGAGGAGCAGAACAGGUUGUUGGAGGCUGACUCCAAGUCCAUGCGGUCGAUGAGCGGCUCCCGGCGCAACAGCGGCUCCUCGCUGGUGUCCAGCUCCUCGGCCUCCUCCAACCUGUCUCACCUGGAGGAGGACACCUGGAUCCUGUGGGGCCGCAUCGUCAAUGAGUGGGAGGAGUGGAGACGCAAGAAGGACAAACUCCUAAAGGAGUUGAUCAGGAAAGGCAUCCCUCACCAUUUCCGGGCCAUCGUCUGGCAGCUGCUGGGCAACGCCACUGACAUGCCGGUGAAGAACCAGUACUCGGAGCUGCUAAAGAUGUCGUCCCCGUGCGAGAAGCUCAUCCGCAGAGACAUCGCCCGCACCUACCCCGAGCAUGAGUUCUUCAAAGGCCAGGACAGCCUGGGGCAGGAAGUCCUCUUCAAUGUUAUGAAGGCGUACUCUCUGGUGGACCGAGAGGUGGGCUACUGCCAAGGCAGUGCAUUCAUUGUCGGUCUGCUGCUUAUGCAGAUGCCUGAGGAGGAGGCUUUUUGUGUGUUUGUGCGUCUGAUGCAGGAGUACCGUCUGAGGGAGCUGUUCAAACCCAGCAUGGCCGAGCUGGGCCUCUGCAUCUACCAGUUUGAGUAUCUGCUUCAGGAGCAACUUCCAGAGCUCAAUGUCCAUUUUCGAUCCCAGAGUUUCCACACUUCCAUGUAUGCCUCGUCCUGGUUCCUCACCCUUUUCCUCACCUUCCUGCCUCUUCCUGUUGCCACGCGCAUCUUCGAUAUUUUCAUGUAUGAGGGCUUAGAGAUUAUCUUCCGUGUGGGCCUGGCCAUCCUGCAGUACAACCAGACUGACCUAAUUCAGCUGGACAUGGAGGGAAUGUCGCAGCAUUUCCAGAAGGUGAUCCCCCACCAGUUUGACAGCUGCACAGAUAAGCUGAUCCUCAGGGCCUACCAGGUCAAAUACAACCCCAAGAGGAUGAAAAAACUUGAGAAAGAAUACACCACAAUCAAGAACAAAGAAAUGGAAGAGCAAAUUGAAAUCAAGAGGUUACGCACAGAAAACAGGCUGCUGAAGCAAAGGAUUGAGACGUUGGAGAAGGAGAGUGCCGCUCUGGCAGACAGACUGAUACAGGGUCAGGUGACGAGGGCACAGGAAGCCGAGGAGAACUACGUGAUCAAGCGGGAGCUGGCGGUGGUGAGGCAGCAGUGCAACACAGCCAGCGAGAGCCUCGAGAAAGCACUUGACACCAUCAGAGAGCUGCAAGAACAGAAGUACACAGAGCCGUUUGUGACCAAUCUGCAGACACAGCUGGAGCAAUCCAGACUGCAUGAGGCCGAACUGUUUGGGGCGCUGAAAGAAAUGCAAGACAAAGUCCUCGAUCUGGAGAAGAGAAGCUCUUGCCUGCCUGAUGAGAACAACGUGGCUGCUCUGCAGGAGGAGCUGAAGCAGAUAAAGCUGAGGGAGCUGGAGACACUGCGUUCAUUCAGAGAGAUGCAGGACACCGUCACUGAUCUCAACCAGCGCUGGCAGCUCCAUAUGUCCCGCGGUAGCAGCACAGGGGGAGGGGGGGGCCACUGGAAGGAAUCCCCGAAGAAGAACGCCAUGAACGAGCUGCAGGACAAACUGAUGACUGUCAGACUGAGGGAGGCCCAGGCUCAGGCUGAGCUCCGAGAGGUCAAACUCAAGGCCCUGCAGCUGGAGAGCCAGAACCAGAUCCACAGCAAGCUGAAUGGUCGCAACGAUCAGGAACGCUCCGCCCUGCAGGACCGGCUCCAGAUGCUGGCCAAUCAGAACAAAGCUCUCCAGGCCCAGCUCAACGAGAUGAAAAGGAAGCAGGCCGAGUUAGACUGCAAGAGUAAAGAGGAAGUGAUGGCGGUUCGACUGAGGGAAGCAGACAGUAUGGCUGCCAUGGCUGAACUCAGGCAGAAGGUUGCUGAUCUUGAGAUACAGAAGGAGGAAGGGCUGAUCCAGGGCCAGCUGAACCACUCGGACUCCAGACAGUACAUCAACGCGCUGCGGGAUCAGAUCGCUGAGCUUAAGAAUGAGAUCAGGCAGAUGCGAGGGCAUAAGGCGGCCCCCAGCUCCAGGGUCAGCAGUGGAGGAGGAAGUGCCAACUACCAGGAUCUCUGUCUGACCAGCCCUACCUCCGCAGAGGGGGACUACCUGAGCUCAGACGAGGACCUCCUCCCCAGCCCACUGCCUCCCAACGCCCUGUAUCCCAGCCUGUCCAGCCAGUGUCACCCGUCUGCCCGCCUCGACAGCGAAGGCAGCACGGACAGCGAGGCAGAGGAGCGGGUUCUGACACAUCCGGACCCUCAGCAGCUGUACGGCAGCAUGGUGUGCGCCGAGGCGCUGGAUAACUGAGACCUGGAGGGGUGAAGGUUUCUUUGGAUUCUUUAAACUUGAGCUCUACAGGACAAGACUUUGCUUCUGUAAACACAGGCUGUAUAAUCCUACUCGCUUCUCCGGUGUUUACAUUGAUGCAGACAUAGUGGCAUUGAUUGGACCUCUCCUGAUCAUCACUCCCCAUCAUCCCCAUCACCGUGUUCCCCACGCUGACAAUUCCUGUGUUCCCUGACAAAGACAAACAUAUAAUACUCAAUAAUAUGGCCUGAAACUGGGCCAUGGAGACUGCUGUAGCCUCUUGCUGCUCGACAUCGCAUAGCAGACCUGGAUCUGUGACUUUGAGCAGUGAAACAUGGGUAGAAAGAAAAAAACUGACACACUGUAUGCUCGGUCUACCCUUAUGUGACUCUUCUUCCUGAUUGGUUCAGAGUUAUUUAUCCUCUCUUUUCCCUUUAUAUGCUCUUAUUAGAAGGAAACACACAAAAAAUCUAUCAGUGGUCGAUUUACCUUUCGGUAUUAGAGAAGUGUUAAAAGUAGAAGAAGUUGCUGAGAAGACCAGGUGCAGUGAGGAAAUAUAUACCCAUCAAACUGAAGGGAUAUCACAAGAAUGCAUUCAUUAAUGAAUCAUGAACUCUUUAACAUAUUAACAUCUGUGGCUUGCAGAUGACAACAUGCCAGACGAGUUAACAGCUCAUAUCAAAACACAUUCACCAUAACCCAAGAAAAGAAAGGAAGAAAGUUAAUGUUGCCAAAUCUUUUGUUUUGUCUUUUUUAAAUUAUUUAUAUAUGUUGUAAUUUAUUUAAACUUUUUUUUGAUAUAUAUAUAUAUCUAUAUAUGUAUAUGAAACUUUAGGAGUGUAGAUACCGACAGAGGCCAAACUUUCUACACCGUCCUUUGUGCCAACGAGUCGUCUGUUACAGGUUUACUUACUGUGAGUGUUUCAGAGACUAAAAUGUGCUGCUAUGAUUUUGAAUUUACUACUUUGUUCUGUUCUUUUUUGUGUAAUCUUUUAGAGUUCAUCACGCAACCUCCUGUUUACCAUAGAUUCGAUGACGGCUACUGUGCAGACUGAUCAAAUCUUUAAAAAACUGAGCAGUUUAUAGCUUAAUGCCUCCCUGGAGUUUCUCAACGUUUAGCUGGGUUUUUUUUAAUGGUUUUUCUUCAAAUGCAUUAUCGAUGUUUAUGUGCGAUUCAAAGGAAUAGUUUGACAUUUAGGAGCAUUAAUUUGCUUUCCUGCUGAAAGUAAGAUGAGAAUGUUGACAUCACUCUGUCUGUUAAAAAAAACUAGAGCAAGGCGACAGUUAGCCUAGCUUAGCAUGUUGCAUAUAGACCAUGGGUUGUAAAAGGUUUUUUGAAGGGUGGCCAUAAAUGAUAAAAUGGUACGCUAAAGUAACAUUAGCAAAGGACAAUAGUCAGGGAACAUCAUAAGUCAGGGAACUGACUCAAAAAUAUCAAUUACAACUACAAUGCAAGAUAUACCUGGGUUUGCUCAUGUUAGCUUAUGAGCUAACAAGUAAGGGUAAGUAGUAAAAUCCCUCUGUAUUUAAUUGAGUAAAAGUGCAAUUUAUGACUUGUUAUUUCACUUUGAACUUGUAAAAGGAAGAUUUGGUGUUUUCCCUUUUCAAAGUGACAACCUUAAAUUAGUGAGCAUCAGAGCCAGGCUAGUGUUGCCCCUUUUUGCAGUCUUUAUGCUAAUAUGAGAUAACCAACCCCUGUAGCUUCAUAUUUAACAGACAGGCAUGACCGUAUUCUCUGUGUUCUCACUCAGUGUCAAACAACUCCUUUAAUUGUCAGUGUCCCAUAGAAGCCAAAAGAAAUUCAGGUAACAGUUCUGUUCUGGACUCUCCAGUUCAUUUGCUCAUAUCACUUUUUGACAGCAUGUUGGCCGAUGAAAGUGGAGAGUACUUCUUAUCGAAUGGAUAACAGAGAGGGUUUGGGGGGAAAAUAUUUUACAUAUCAAACAUUAAUAUAUUCUGUGUAGAAAAAAAGGGUUGUAAAAUGUAUGGAGACAUAUACAAUAUACAGUGUAACAGGAACAAAGUAUAAGGAAACCAUUUUAAGCUGUGUCACUGUCUUGUCAAGUUUUACUGAAGAUGGUGAGUGUGUAUAGUUUUAUCAAACAGGGUGUCAAAUUUAGAGCAGUGAUCGCUCUUUGCACUACAGAGAAAGAGGAAGUCUACUUAUGAAAUUAAGCAGUGAGUGAUAGUGUGGAUGAUCAAUUCAUUUCUUAGUAUAUUCAGCUCUGCUGGACUUGACGUUAUCUAAGUAUCGUGAUUCAAGAUCAUCCAUUCUGACUUUGCAUUGUGCUUCAUUAUUUUUCGUAUUUUCUGUAAACUCUCAAAAGACAGACUUUCCUUACCAACGUUUGUUUGAACCAAAUGUCAGAGGAGAGGACAGUCUUCUAAGAAAUAAGGAAAGAGGAUGUUGGUUUGCCCACCAUACUCUUGCAAAUAACAGCUUUUAUUAGUCAUUGAGGGGUGUAGCAACUGAAAUCUAUUAACUACAAUAAGUGUUUGGAUGCUAUAACACAAAAUGAGUGUUAGGUUAUUAGUCCAACUGGCAGCAGCUGUUUGAGUGAUGAGAUUUAGGCGCCUUCAGAUUCAUUUACUUUGGCUGAAUUCUUCACUUAGUUGAGUUAUAAUCCUUAAGAUCAUUCUAUUAAACAUCUUUUAUAACAACAAAUAUUUAUGGAUCUUAUCAUAUUAUUACAUAUUUAUUUUUACUGAUGAUCAACUGGAAAAGAUGGAUUUCCGCACUGGACAUGAUGUGGUUGAAAAAGACACAAGUAAACAUGGGUCGGAAAACAUUGGUGACUGUGAGUCUCUCAGGUUCCAGUAAACUAUUUCAGAAAUGCUUGACACGUGGUCCCAUUUCUCUCAUUGUAUAACGUGACCCCUUCUUUUUUGUUCAAAACAUUGUGUAGCGAUCAGUCCUGUGGGCCAAUGAUUAGUUUGGUUGUACUGUAAACAAAUGGAAAACUUGUUCUCGUCUUUUGCAUUUCUGAAACCACUUAGAGUAACCAUCGUUAGAGCAUUUCUAUCUGUUCUCUGGGAGCUGUUUUAAUAAAACAUCCCCAUCACUAAGUCAGAUCCAUCACUAACUGAAAUCUUCAGGAUUUUAACUUAAUUGCUUUAUUUUUGGUUUAAGUCAGAAUUUAAAGAAGACUUCUAUUCAGGACUGAGAAUCAGUUUCCUUUCCAAAGUGAACCCUAACCUGUUUUCAGAUCCGUGCUCAGUGUCUUAAACACAUAACAACACUCCUGCUCAGUGAUGGUGCUCUCUUCUCACCACUGUCUGAAUACAACUCUAUGUACUGUGACAAAACAUUUUGAUAUGUUUGUAAAUUACUUUUAAUAUGGUACAAGCUCUCAUCCUUAGUAUUAUUUUUAUAAUUACCAGCCUACUUUGGUUUCUCCUGCUAACAGCAUUACACAAGACAAGAUUGAUUAAACCUCCUAAUGUGCCAAACCAGUAGGUAGAUUUACACACUUCAUGUUAGUUUACCAAGUGGUUCAUCAAGUCAGCCACUACAGCCCUUCAUUAAACAGCCAUGUAAUAUAAAGUGAUGUGUGAACUGAAAUACAAUCACACUGUGUUGCUCCAGAUUUAUCAUCUUGUAACUGAAUCAUCCAACCAUUUCCAUGAUCUAAAGCGGGAAAUAAGACAAUGCAGAGCUAAAUUGUGUGUCACAUGUGAGUUCUUCCUCACAAAAAGUGUUGAUUAGUCUGGAGUAGGAUUUCUCCGAUGUACUGUAUGUGCUGUAUGUGACAGCCGUUUGAUUUCCACAGCAUCAUACCCAGGAACUAGCCCACCCUCUCUCUUUCUGUCUUGCAAUUCAACUGAUGUUAUUAUCGAAUAUAUAUAAUGACAGUAAAGAUUAUAUGAAUUCCAGUAUGAUGGGGAAAAAAAUACAUUUCAGUGUUGUGUAUCCUAUGAAUGAUACAAAAUAAACGUUGACAUUGCACCUUUGCAAUGGCCCAAA